AUGAUUCCGCAGGUUGUGAUCGACAAAGUUCUCUCCAAAGCGCAGGAAUCUGCGUCACAUAGCUGGGAGUACGGCACUGUAUUUGAAGCGCUACUCGAGUACAGAGAUCCUCACCACAGCAUCUUCCAUGACCCAUUCCCAGGGGGCAAGAUGCCAGAGUUGCCGGUAGAGGAUGUAGAAGCGUUGCAAUAUGCGUCUGACAAUCCUUACCUCUCCGCGGUAAAUCGCCAGCUGCACGAUCUGCUCUCCACCACGCCCAGAUACAGCAAUGGCGCGAUAUCGCAUCGCGAUGCGUGCCCUUCUUUGUGGGCAGACUUCGUCUACAUGGUACCGCCUGCUCUUGCAUACCACGGUGUCUUCACCUCGGACAUAGGCAUGGUGAAAGAGAGUGUACGGCAGUGCCAGCUAUACUGCGAGGUGCUGGGCACGUCGAGGGGGUAUUGGCAACACAUCGCCAAUGCCGAGGGCACACACAGCGUAAAGAGCGAUGACGGCGCAUGGUGUACGAGCAAUGCCUGGGCUGCAGCUGGGAUGACUAGGGUGCUAGCAACAUUGCGCAAAUCUCAAUACGAAUCGGAAACCGCUGAUGAGCAGAAGAUGCUACUAGAUAUGACCAAAGGCAUUCUUGACGGCGCGAUAGAGGGCGAUACUGAUGCGUCGGGCCUGUUGCGCAACUAUCUCGAUGACGAGACAUGGUUUGCAGAGGUUGCUGGGACAGCAUUGAUGGCAGCUACGGUCUUCAGAAUGUCAAUCCUCGAACCUGGCACAUUCGGCGAACGGUACGUAGGAUGGGCGAAGCGUAAGCUGGAGUCUGUCAGUCGCCAUGUAGAUGAGGAUUCUGGUAUUGUGGCGCCUGUCGUCAACUCCUUGACGGAAGCUCAGCGGACGCCGCUCAACGGUAUCAAUCCGGAGGGACAGGCUUUUGUAGUGUUGCUAUACGCUGCAUGGAGAGACCGGAGGACUGUUGCAGAAGAUGCAUCCGUCCCGAUGGCCGGAACUGACGCGUCGAGGACAUGA